GUGCGCCUGCAUCUUUGUGCCGACAGAAUCCAGCGCGGUGGGCGGUUGUCGGAGAGCGGUGGGCUGUCGGUGCGACCGCGCCGUUUCUUGCUUCGCGGCCCUGUUUCUUGCUGCCCGAACCCGCGAUGCCUCAGUUCCAGACCUGGGAGGAGUUCAGCCGUGCGGCCGAGAAGCUCUACCUGGCGGACCCCAUGAAGGUACGUGUGGUUCUCAAAUACAGGCAUGUUGAUGGGAAUUUGUGUAUCAAAGUAACAGACGAUCUAGUUUGUUUGGUGUACAGAACAGACCAAGCUCAAGAUGUAAAGAAGAUUGAGAAAUUCCACAGUCAGUUAAUGCGACUUAUGGUGGCCAAGGAAUCCCGCAGUGUCGCUAUGGAAACUGAAUGAAUGGUUUGAAGUGAAGACUAUUAUGUUCUUGGGAAGCAAGCAGCUUUUGAAACUGAGAGAGUGUUGGAAAUAUUUAUGUAAUGGAUCUGUCGAAAGCUGAGAGACCAGCCUGUGUCCUAAGGUUUGCUUUAGAGAGUAGAAGUGUCGGGGUUUCCAGUUAGCAAACCUUUAUUUUUGGAAACUGAAUAAGAAAUAUCUUAGAAAAAUUUUGCAGAUAAUUUGAUGUUGGGCAAAUUAUUUUUUCUGGUAAACUCAUAUCAGUAAUUUGUUGAAGAAUUAACAAAAGUUCUUUCUAGAUUGUGUUUGCUUAAGAGGAAAUAAAACGUAACCUUUGCUGCGUUGCUAUGGUUCUUUUGUUGCAUCACAUGUGCACCGUUUAUGAUACACGCAUGGUGACUGGGAUUUCCUGCUCUGUGGUGUGCCCGAUCUGGUGUUGUGAAGAGCAGGUCUGUUUCACCUUUCUUGCCAGGUUCAAGCUGUUUUUGAGUGAAGGGAUUUGUAGCCUCCGCUUGCUGAACAGUGACUGACUUGAAGUCUGGCUUUCAGUGAACAGAGCCAGAUGCAGUUACGAAUGCACAGGCAGGAUAAUGACCGAUGACUGGUAGUGUCUGCAUAGUUCAUGGCAUUGUGCGGUGGGCAUGGAGCACUCUGUAGCUCCCGCCUCAGACUGAACUGAACUAGAGCCUGCCUCUCAGAACUGUUAGGUUCCUGAUAAGCCACAAGCCACCGUUUAUAUGUAGCUUGUAUUUGUAAAAUCUGAUUUUACCAUCUAAAUGUAAUGUUCUAUGUUGUCUGCUCAAGACUGAAGUGAAAGUACUGCAUUAAAGUAUUUUUUGUAAAAGUU